UUAUCUGUCAUGUGGAAUUACUUUAAGAACAACUUGUGAUACUGAAGUGCUGAUCACUUGUAUUAUGAUCUUAUCAGGUAAAGAUAAGAAUUACUCUGCAUUCGAAAUAACCCCUCACCGAAUCAGAGUAACUAAAUUCCAGUGCCUACACUUUAGUUGCUCUGAUGUUGUAAGAAUCACUGACGAAUUCAAAAACGAGAUUGGAAAAGGAGGAUCAGCAAAAGUUUACAGAGGCCGUUUGAGUACUAGUCAUACUGAAGUCGCUGUCAAGGUGCUAUUACCAUCAUCAGAUACUGGGUUUGAGCAAUUUCGAAAUGAGGCUGAGCUGUUGACAAGAGUUCACCAUACAAACUUGGUUUCUCUGCUUGGAUGCUGUUUUGAAGGUUCAAGCAUGGCUCUCAUUUAUGAGUAUAUGGGGAAGGGGAGCUUAAGAAAGUAUUUAUCAGGUGUUCCUUAAGUUCAAGGUUGACUAAGAAAAGUGACGUCUAUAGCUAUGGAGUUGUUCUAUUGGAGCUUAUUUCAGGCCGACCUGCAAUAAUAAAGAGCCGAGAGGGGCCAGUUCACCUAGUAGAAUGGGUUGGUCUCCUGCUUGAUAG